ACGCUACCAAAUGUGAUACAAUAUAGCAAAGAGGUGAAUUAGUUGGACUUCUCUUUUUUAUACACGCUGUCAUGUUUUUGCUCUCUUUCUAUUGUUGGAUCAGACGUCAGCAACACAAAUCGCCAUUAUUAUACCGCGAGGCUACGUACCUACGUAGUAACAUCGCUUACGUUCAUGUUUUUUGAGAAGAAAAACGUUGAAAUCAGUACAUUACUGUAAUAUCAAACGAAAAAAUGUUCGGUGGCAGUGUGCUCGUGGUGAUUCAAUCCAGGUGAAACACGCGCGGCGAAAGGGGAGUCAAAACGUGGUGCGUCAAGCACGAGUUAGCGGUUGCCGUAGUUUGUUAUCAAACAGCGCUGCGCGAGACCGCGACUGCGAGACCAUGGCGGAGGCGGCGCCCGGGAACAUCGUGAAGGAGGGCUGGCUGCAGAAGCGCGGCGAGCACAUCCGCAACUGGCGCGACCGCUACUUCAUCCUGUUCGACAACGGCGACCUGGUGGGCUUCAAGACGCAGCCGGAGCGGAACAACUACCGUGACCCGCUCAACAAGUUCACGGUGCGGGACUGCCAGAUCAUGGCCGUGGACAAGCCGCGCCCCUACACCUUCACCAUCCGCGGCCUGCAGUGGACCACCGUCAUCGAGCGCAACUUCUCCGUGGACAACGAGAAGGAACGCGAGGAGUGGGUGGCGGCCAUCCGCUACGUGUCGUCGCAGCUGAGCGCGGGCGGGCCCAGCGCCGCCGCGCUGCCCGAGAGCGACGACCGCGACAUGGCGCAGCUCGGCACCAGCUUCCGCGACCCGCGCCGCAUCACGCUGGAGAAGUUCGAGUUCGUGAAGGUGCUGGGCAAGGGCACGUUCGGCAAGGUGGUGCUGAGCCGCGAGAAGGGCACGGGCAAGCUGUACGCCAUGAAGAUCCUCAAGAAGAACCUCAUCAUACAGAAGGACGAGGUGGCGCACACCAUCACCGAGAACCGCGUGCUCAAGAAGACCAAGCACCCCUUCCUCACGGCGCUGCGCUACUCGUUCCAGACGGCGGACCGCGUGUGCUUCGUCAUGGAGUACGCCAACGGCGGCGAGCUGUUCUUCCACCUGUCGCGCGAGCGAUCCUUCUCCGAGGAGCGGACGCGCUUCUACGGCGCCGAGAUCGUGUCCGCGCUCGGCUACCUGCACGCCGAGGGCAUCAUCUACCGCGACCUCAAGCUCGAGAACCUGCUGCUCGACAAGGACGGCCACAUCAAGAUCGCCGACUUCGGCCUGUGCAAGGUCAACAUCACGUACGGGCGCACCACCAAGACGUUCUGCGGCACGCCGGAGUACCUGGCGCCCGAGGUGCUGGAGGACACGGACUACGGGCCGGCCGUGGACUGGUGGGGCACGGGCGUCGUCAUGUACGAGAUGGCGUGCGGCCGCCUGCCGUUCUACAACCGCGACCACGACGUGCUGUUCUCGCUGAUCCUGAGCGAGGAGGUGCGGUUCCCGCGGGCGCUGUCGGCCGCCUGCCGGGCGCUGCUGGCGGGGCUGCUGACCAAGGAGCCGGCGUCGCGGCUGGGCGCGGGCCCCGACGACGCGCACGAGAUCAUGAACCACCCGUUCUUCGCGUCCGUCAACUGGGCCGACCUGGUCGCCAAGAAGAUCCCGCCGCCCUUCAAGCCGCAGGUGGAGUCGGAGACGGACACGCGCUACUUCGACUCGGAGUUCACGGGCGAGUCCGUGGAGCUGACGCCGCCCGAGAGCGACUCCAGCCUCGCCAGGAUACAGGAGGAGCAGUUCCCGCAGUUCUCUUACCAGGACAUCUGCUCGUCGGCACACUCAGCGCUGUCGCAUCACUCGGCGCUGGCCGACAAGCGCCAGUAGCGGCCGACCAGCGCCAGUAGCGGCCGACCAGCGCCAGUAGCGGCCGACCAGCGCCAGUAGCGGCCGACAAGCGCCAGAAGCGGCCGACAAGCGCCAGUAGCGGCCGACAAGCGCUAGUAGCCGCCGCCGCCGCCUGUCCGCGUCUGUCCGCGCCGCCUCGCUGCUGUACGGUGAAGGCACAACGAAACAACAUCUUUACAGUAUUAAUAUUGUAUUCAGUUAAAACAAUACAAAUAGCUUGAAUAUCCGAAACUGUUAAUUUGUUUAUAAGUAAUAUGUUAGAGACAGACGAAAGAGCGCGAGAGACGUCUCCGCGGGCACGGCGCUCUCAAGGCACUAUCAACACUGGGUGCAGGCCGCCGGGCUAGCGCCGCUCAUGUAUUUCCUUUUGUAUAUAUUAUUAAAGUUAGGAUUAAAGCGA